GGUUUCUGAGCCAAUGGAAGCCUGCAUACGCCGAGCGUCCUUCCGAAACACGAACGAAGCGACACGAUUAACGGAACCCUAACCCCUCGCUCGAGGAAACGGUCUCAAAAUGUUAGCGGGUAGUUGAAGUUUAACGGAUGUUGCACGUAGUGUCGUGCACUGUGCCACUGACGCUCUCUCGGCUGGAACAUAAUAAAGGGAGCUAUUUCUAACACCCCCUCUGCCCUCCCCACUGGACACCAUGAUGAAAAGACAGGAUUACAUUUCCCACUGUUGACUGAGGGUGGAGUUUUUGCUACUAAUGUUGUAACAGAUUAAAGUCUGAAGGUCUGAAGGUCAGAGUUUAAGGAAGGUUUUUCUCUGGAUCUAGCUGUGUGCCGAUAACCCAGGGGCUGCUGGGAUCCAGACUUGUUCCUGCCUCUCUAUGCCCAUAGCGAAGGGGAACUGGGCACCAUUUGUAAAGUCCUAGCUGUGGAUUACUGUCAGCUCUGAGGUUCGAGCUCCACAGGCCAAGGCGGGCCCUCUCCAGCAGACACGGAAACCUCCAGGGGAAUUACGCCCGAAAUGCGACUCGCUGCUGAAGCGGCUUAAUUACCGGAGGCCAUCGCCCGAGCGCUGUUUCUUCUGGGAGAGUUCCGCUCCUACCGUGAGUGCUCCGUCUCCAGCCGCGUCCUUCCAACCAUGCCGAUGUCCCUUUCAUGCGCCGAGAGGAGGAGAAAAAUAUAAAUGUGUUUUUUUCACAUCUGUUUAAAAAAGGUAACAAAAUGAAUAAAACAUUGAGAGACUGAAGGCUGUUUUUCCGCAGUUUGCUGCAGUUGAACCCCCCCACUACCGCUACCUCUUCUCUCUCUCGGCGAGGAGGAUAAGAGAAGAGAACUCUGGUGACCUGACAGCAGCCGCUGCUCCCGAGACCCCGCGCUCCACGUUAGUCUCCACGUUAGUUUUUUUUUGCCGCCUGUCCUGCCCCGCCUGCCCUGGGAUGCCCUGCCGCCCUCGCACCCUCACGGAGCGAUGCCCGUGCCCGAGAUGGCUCUGAGUCCCGCAAAGUCGCUGCGCUGGGAGGUGUUCCCAGGCAUGGCGGUGCCACGCGUGUACUGCGCGUCCGCGCUGGUGGCCGGCCGCCUCUACGUGCUCGGGGGCUGUGGCGAGGGCGGCACGCUGCUGGACUCAGCCGAGGUGCUGGACCUGGAGAGCCAGAGCUGGUGCCGGUUGCCCCCGCUGCCCACCGCCCGUGCCGGGGCCUCGGCCGUGGCCCUGGGGGACCAGCUGGUGGUGUUGGGCGGCAUGGACGCCCAGCAGAACCCGCUGGCAUCAGUGGAGGUCUACCACCCCGACGAGGGAAAGUGGGAGAGGAAGGCUGGACUGGGCCAGGCGUCGAUGGGCAUCGCCGCACUGGAGAGAGACGGUAAGGUGUACGCGCUGGGUGGAAUGGGAGCCGACACCAGCCCUCAGGCUCUCGUGAGGGUCUACGAGCCAGUAAAGAACCAGUGGCUGUCCCUGGCCUCCAUGCCCACGCCUCGCUACGGAGCCGCCUCCUUCCUGCGUGGCAACAAGAUCUACGUGCUUGGUGGGCGUCAGGGAAAGCUGCCGGUGACGGCGUUGGAGGCCUUCGACCUGGAGGUGAAGAGCUGGACGCGGUACCCAUGCAUCCCCAGCCGCAGGGCGUUCUCCAGCUGUGCUGCCACCGAGCGCGCCUUCUUCAGCCUGGGCGGCCUGCAGCAGCCCGGCCCCCACAACUUCUACUCCAGACCCCACUUCGUCUCCACCGUGGAGGAGUACGACACCGAACAGGGUGUCUGGCUGAAGCCCACAUGGGGUUCCCGGAUGAGAGAGAAGAGGGCAGACUUUGUGGCCGGCUGUCUCGGCGGACGUGUGAUCGUCGCCGGGGGGCUAGGCAACCAGCCGUCACCGCUGGAGUCCGUGGAGAGUUACAACCAUGUGAAGAGGAGGUGGGAGGCCCUGGCCCCCCUCCCCACCCCGCGCUGCUCCUGCACUCCCCUUCAGACCCCCAAUAUGCUCUUCCUCAUCGGGGGGGUGUCCCAGGGACCGAGCACUGCAGUGGAAGCCCUCUGUCUGCGAGAGAGCGUCUGACGGCCUCGCUCGCUCACACCCGCGCGGACACCAACACACCCAAUGCUGCGCUCCCUGGGACACGCACCGCACACAGACCAACCCUUAGGGCUCAGGCCUGACCGAACUGGCCGAGGGUCAGCCAGGGGGCUUACAGACUUGCCCUCAUAUAUCAGGUCUGUCCUUUCAACACUGGAGACAAUCUACAGGAGUCUGGACAGUGACGCGCGUCUGCAUGAACUAGCAAUGGACACUGGAAGUCUCGGUUUGACCAGCAAAAAAAAACCCCAAAAACUUUUCCACACACAAAUCUGCAGACAGUCUCAGCAGCACAGACGCCUUUGAACUGUUUGUUUGUUUGUUUUUCAAAAUUAGAGCAGGGUACCUUUCUGGCUAAACUCGAAAGGAACUUAGGGCCAUAUCCACCAGGCUGCAGCCAUGUUCUCCCACAGUAGCACGCUUAGCACUUUUUAUACUACCUUAGCGGUAAAGGCAGAGACGUUGUGGUGAUUUUAGCAUUAUUUUACGUUUUUUUUACAUUUUUUUUUCCCCCAGGAGUGGAGGCGUAUGCCUUGCUGUGGCGUUUUUUUGUAUCUUCACAGCCAUGCAUGUGUGAAAUUGCAAACUGUUAUUUUGAGAGUGAAAGCAGAGAGGAAGAGGAGGAAGAUGAGGGAGAGAAGAGCUCGGCUCGCAGCCGAUGGCCAACACCUACCGCGCGCGUCAGGGCGGCGGGCAGGGAUUAGCCAUCCAGAGUGGCGGCCCGUCUGGGACCGGGUGCUUCCCAGGAGGUGUUAGAGCCCCAUACCGCGUGUUUACGCAUUCCCAGUCGCCACAUUUAGAACGGGCGUCAUGCACUCUAAAUGAGCCGUUGGCAUGACAACUGAUGUUUUUUCGGUGCGCCGAUUAAGGGUGGCUCCGUUUUGUGCAGGCACAGGGCCAACGCGGCGAGCUGGAAUGCCGGCGCAGUGCCGUGUCCAGCCGGUCUGCCCUUGAGAAACGAGUACCGUCCCCGAGGGGCACACCCUGGCGGAUGAUGUCAAGGGAGGACGCCACCAUGCAGCCCAGACCAGAGCGCAGCCCCCUUAGGUGAACUCCCACCAGGCUGCGUGCGCAGCUGCACUGUAUGUGCCUCACAGGUGCCUGCGCCGCUCGGAGUCUCUGCCAGGGAUGAGCUAACACCAACACGAGGUCACCGUGCUCAUUACGGUCCGCCAACAGCAGCUCGUGCUCGUCAGAAAGUUCAGAUGCUAAACGACAGUGUGGGGAUUCGGGGUCAGGGGGUGGGAGAGGGUGCUCCAGGCAUGCACCGCGUGGGUGGGUAGGGCGUAAGGCAGAGGAAACGCUCGCGGUAACACCUGUGGUGUGUCCGUCGCGCUGAUUAUAUCUCGCGCAGGUCUCUGAUGGAUUCCUGAUCUGCCGAUAGCAGCAGGCCUGGUGCCUGUCUCAGUAAUAAGACGUUUAUACAUAUUCAUGUUCUCAUAUUUAGACUGUCUCCAGGGAGUUCUGCUUCCUCUCAGUCAUCUGUGUGUGCGGGUCCACGCGCGGAAGGGGUGACGGUCUCACAUUCACCCAUUUGAUUGACGCCCGCACUGCCCAUGAGUGCACACGCACGCACACACACGCACACACAUGCAGUCACACACUCACACGCGACAUGCCUUGUUUGUUUAGUUUUACACCUCCCUAAUGAUACGACUGUGAUACUCCACUGGCUGCGAGCAAUCUCUCGCAGCACGGCACGGCAGACACACUGGUUGAUGACGAAUGGACAGGGUAGGGGAGGGGAAGCGUCAUGGCCGCCAGCAGCCGCAAGAGAGGGGAGGGAGGGGAGGCCUCGCCCACACGUGCCUCUCCGACAGGGCCGCGGCCCCCGUAAAAAGGACUGCUCAUUUUCGCCGUCCCGCUGCACGAGCGCUUCUCGCACCGUGGCUAAAAGACAAGAACUAGGCUGUGACGGCGUGGAACAGCCUUUGGGCUUGGCAGGAACGCACACGGUGCGAGUAAAAUAACCGAGAUGACGCAGAGAGAAAUAUACCUCUUUUUAUAUACAUAGGGGACAGACACAAUUCAUCAUCAGUGCAAAGCACUGCAGUGCACUAUUGUCAACACACAUAUAUACUACAGUCACAGCUAAGAGAGCCAAGACCAGGCCGGUUCUUUUAAUCUGCCAAGAGUUUGUUCUUAGAACAAGCAUUUUAAAGAAAGGAGGUACAGCAUAUCCAGAGUAGGAGCAAUAUGACCUACUUUCUGAGCUUCAGGUCUUAGAGAACCAGAGAAUUUCCAGACUGAAAUGAAAUUGGCAUCUCAUACGUGUUUUCAUCAUUUGAUUUUUCUAGAUCACUGCAAAGAUUGACUUCUAUGCCCCUGCCUUGUUUGUGCAUCUGUGAAUUUCUAAAGAGGAACAGAGAGUGUAAAGAUCACAUAGACCUUCAGUUGCAAUUGUAUUGCUGUGAUUUUGGUCAUGUUUCUCUAUGUCAUGGAUAUUUCCUGGUGGUGAACCCCUAGUCUGGAUCAGUGAUUUAACCCAGUUUUUCCCAGUGCUUUGUGUUCCGUUGGUCUCCCUGUUGCUUUUGUUCAUCUAUGAGGUAACCGGUUGUCACGGUCCGUGGCGCUGGCUCUGUCCCUUUUUUUCUGUGACGCUGUGUUUUGACGUUUGUAAUUGGUGUGCAGUUGCAGAUGGUACGAGCUGGCGGCCACCAACGGGCUCCAGGACGCAGUGCUGAUGCUAUGUUCCAGAGCACGGCUAAGUCUGUGCCUUCUACUCUACAAACCUGCCAAAGAAGAGCUCAGUUAAAGAGCAACCACACACACACAAAAGACGCGCUGUAUAAACCAGAGUGCAGCAGACACGCUUAAGACCCAUUUCAGUCCUCAGCAGAAGUUGCGAAUGAGAGGGUAUAGAAAACAUACCACCCCUAUAUCACAGCACAGAGCAGUUUUCUGUCUCCGCAUUUGUGCCUGUGACAGGGUUUUGCCAUGUUCACGCCUCUCACAUCAAAAAUACUGUUGGAAGGCCACUUUACUUAACAGAGGCGCGUGAAGAUGAUGAGCAGAGACAGCCUGCUUGGCCGUAGCCAGCUGCUGGGAGCCAGCAGUGGCCCGUAAUGUUGCACUGUUCCUAUUAACACCUCAAGAAAUGUUAGACCUGUAGGAGGCCUCCAUCCGCCCUGCACUGAGUGAACCUGGGCGGAACAGACCUAAUAAUAGAAAUGAGUUCUUCUGAUGGCUUUUUCUGUCACGAAUUCUGAAAAUGAACAAAGACUGAUGGUGAGGAGCACUAAUCUCCCUGUUCAGGCCAGUGUCAUAUUGCCACGGUAGCAUGCUCACACUCCUCCGACAAUCAGUUUACAACGCUUUUUAAAUGAGCCACUCAAAACUUGUGUCACCCGUGGCUGUUUUGAAACCACAGAAAUUCUUAAGACAGAGAUAUUGUUUUUGUAGUUGUUCAGAAAAAAACAAAAUGUUAUGGCCUCUCUCUACUGGAGCGAUUCAUGGAGGCCAUCACUGUGGGUCUGUGGCCAUUCACGGCAGGGUUGAGGUCACUGCAGUGUACGAGCACACCAACCACAUUCCCAUUAAAAGCACGCGGAGAAGCUGCAAAAGCCUGGCGUGGCUUCAUAAUGAUCAAGUUUAUUAUGAUGUCACAAAAAAUAAUGCCAUGAUGUCAUAGCAAUGUCAUGAGAGUCAGAAUUUAGCUUGAAGGGUAAGAUUGUGUGGCAAAUGUACACUGUAGAGAACUGCCCUAGUGUUGAAUAUUCCUCUUACAGACUGCAUGGCCUACUGCAGGUUAUUUAUGGAGUAUUGUUACCAUUCUAAAGGAUAGGAGAAGGUAAAAAGCAGGAGUGUGUGAGUAAGUCCGCAAUAGUACUGCAGAAUGUGUCCCUAAUGCUGCAGUAACAAAACUGCACCAAAUAAGCCCCCUUUGCUCUUAAGUGCAGAUUCUAAGAGCAUAUGACACGGAACCCUUCACUCAGACUGGCAUGGUUGCUGACAGUGCUCUGGGACAAACACAGGCUCACGCAGACUCGUGCCAGCUGCUCCGGUCCAGUAGUUCAGUGCCUAUAUAUGUGAGGUAGUGCCUCUGAUUAUGACUUCUCGAAUAAAUAAUUUGAGCAUCGCUGUCCACA